AUGCCUUCGACUUCUUCUGCUCCUCCUGCGGCCGCUGCCGCCGCUCCUGCUCCUGCUCUCCCUGGCCUUGGCGAGAACAAGGGCAUCAAGUUCCAGAUCAAGACGGGCAAUGCUCGCUGGGAAUGCACUCUGCAGGACCGCUCUCACUAUGAGCGCAAGAAGGCCCAGCGCACCGAUUCCACCGAUUCCACCACUUCCAGCGACUCUUCUUCUACUACCGAGACAAAGUAA